AUGGCCUCUACAGGCGCCCCCAUGCCCGAUGCGGGGUCCAAGACCAUCGACGCCACACCAGCAGCCGGCCAACUCGUCAGCCAUGAUAGCAAGACCUACACCACCAUCAAGGAAGGUCUUGCGCAUAUCCUCGUACCCCAGGACAUUCCCACACAGACGGACCCCAAAAAGCUGUCCAGAGAAGACACACAGCGGCAGCAAGUGUUUUAUAAUCCCAUUCAGCAGUUCAACCGCGAUCUGAGCGUACUUGCCAUCAAGACGUUUGGUCAGGACCUGAUACAGCAGCGGAUACAGAGGCACGAGGCAUGGAAGGCCAAAGCAGAACGAAGAAAAACGAGAAUGGAAAAAGAGCGCGUUACAGGGGAGAGAGCGAGUACGCCUAGCACGCCGCAAGUAGAGGAGGGUACGUCCAACAAGAGAAAGCGGGCGGACGACGCGGCUGAUGCAGGUGCAGUGCCUGCGAAAAGGCAAAGGGUGGCAGAGAAUGGCGAGAGUGAGAAUGUGGAGAAUGGGGAGGUUAGGGAAGCGAAUGGGGAGCAGACAAACGGAACGAAUGAAGAGCGCGUGCCUUGGGUACCCCCGUUCAAAAUUCUCGACGCACUAUCUGCGACUGGCUUGCGCGCAAUUCGUUAUGCCAAAGAGAUUCCCUUUGCGACGGCCAUCACGUCAAACGACAUGUCACCGAAGGCUGUCGAGUCGAUCAAACUCAAUAUCAAACACAACAAGCUCGAGGACAAGAUCACAGCAAACACGGGCAACGCGAUAGCGUACAUGUACAGCUUCUGCGACAAGAAAGGGUACGAUGCGAUUGAUCUCGACCCAUAUGGCACAGCGGCUCCAUUUAUAGACGCGGCCAUCCAAGCUAUCAACGACGAAGGUAUGCUGCUCGUGACUUGCACCGACUCGGCCAUCUUCGCAUCUCAUGGCUACCUGGAGAAGACGUACUCGCAAUAUGGGGGGUUACCGUUAAAAGGCGAGCCAUGCCACGAGGGAGGACUGCGACUGAUACUGCACGCGAUUGCAUCUUCCGCAGCACGAUAUGGCAUGGCCAUUGAACCGCUGCUCUCAUUGUCCAUUGACUAUUACGCACGGGUAUUUGUCAGAGUGAGAAAGGCUCCAAUCGAUGUGAAGUUACUGGCUGGUAAGACGAUGAUUGUAUACCACUGCGAGAGCGGAUGCGGUGCUUGGACAACACAAUACCUCGCACGCAACAAGCCAAUGGAGAAUAAAAAGGGCGCCGCAAUAUACAAGCACGGCUUUGCGCAAGCGCCAACUGCAGACCAACACUGCCAGCACUGCGGCUUCAAGACCCACCUGUCGGGCCCCAUGUACGGCGGGCCGUUGCAUAAUGUUGGCUUUAUCGAAAGGGUGCUAGCUCAACUGAACGAGGUUGAUCGCGAGACAUAUCCGACUAUGGACCGCAUACAAGGCAUGCUACAUACUGCCAUGGAGGAGAUCACCUAUGGUUCUAAAACGCAAAAGUCGAAUGGAGCGCAGAAGACGGAGGUUCUCGAUCCUAUCAUCCCUAAAAUGGACCCAGCAGAAAUCGAGCACCAUCCCUUCUUCAUCGUACCGGGCUCUGUCGCAAAAAUUAUUCACGUUUCAGCGCCUCCUGUAGCUGCCCUUCGCGGCGCAUUACGACAUGCUGGAUUCAGGGUGACGAUGAGCCAUUGCAAGCCAGGCUCGAUCAAAACAGACGCUUCGUGGACAGACAUUUGGCACAUUAUGCUUGAAUGGGCCAGACAGCGCGCGCCCCUCAAAAAGGCACUGAAUGCGAAUACUGCCGGCCACGCUAUUCUGUCGAAAGCGAGCGCAACUGGCCACACCAGAAUACGAAAUGCCCAAGCCACAGCUGAAGUGCCAGCAGAAGAACCCAUGUCAGAUGUGCAAAAUGGAAAUGGUGCAGAGGAUACCGCGGCAUCUGCACCGGGUGUUGGCAAAGAUUCGCCAGCUUACCUCGAGGUCAAGUAUGCGGUCAACUUUGAUGAGAAGCUAGGCAAAGAUCACGACAGAGGCAAAUAUGUGCGAUACCAGCUUGCACCACGCGAAAACUGGGGCCCCAUGUCGCGAGCAAAGUAA